UUGAUUGAAAUCAGAGCUUUAUCUUUAAUGGAGUUAGUUUAUCUGUUGGGAUCUCUCAUCUCAACUCUCUUCACUUCCCUCUUACUCUCUCUCCUCCUCCCCUUCCGUCGCCGGAGCCACUCACACUCACUCUCCUUCUACAAAGGUACCGUCUUUCACGAGCGCCGCCGACCAAUCCACCAUUCCUUCACCUACUCCGUUCGUUACGCCCUCAUUGACCUCGACUCUGCCUCCUCCUCCGCUAAUUCACUCCCAAAUCACCUCUCCGCCGAUGAAGCUCGUCGGAUUGCUGCCACUAAUGGCCCUGUGUUUCUUUUGACAAUACCUGAAAGUGUUGGAUAUGAGCAAAAUCCGUUGAGUAUAUAUUAUUGCUAUGAUUUAGAAGAAGGGUCUGCCCAGAAUUUGAGGAAUUGCAUUGCUGAGGUAACUAAUACUCCAUGGGGUGAAAGAGUGACAUUUGUUUUUAAUCCAAAUUCUGAUUUAGUGGCAAAACCGUUGCAUGUCAGUCCUUUUAUGGAUAUGUUUGGGAAUUGGAAUAUCAAAGCAAGUGUUCCGGGGGAUAAUCUAUCUGUGGCGAUUUCAGUUCAGCAUCCAACUCUUGGCAACUAUUUCACUGCUACUUUGAGAGCCAAGAAAGUUCCCUUAUCGUCCGUCUCUGACGAAUCACUUUACUUCUGGUUGAUGCCUCAUAAAGUUGCAGUAUGGAUAUAUUGGCAUGCCGUCAAGCUAUGGUGGAAAAAUGUUUCAUUUAUUCAACAUCCAAAGUAUUCCAAUCCGAAAUACAGGGAAGAAGCGACUCUUCGCGAUCAAAAACUUCGAUGUUGUAGUGUGCCAGGAUUGAAUGAUCAUAGUCAGCAUGUGCAAGCUGAACCGAGUGGAGAUUGUAUCGGUGACACAAACUCUGGAGCUCGACGUUUCACAUGGACAGAUGCUAAGUGGCCUUGGUCUUAAUUCUUAUAGAUUUGUUCUCCCAAACCAUGAUCCUUGCCUUGUAGAGUUUCGCACCCUAUUUUUUUUUUGGUUACAAAAAUUUCCUUCUAAACUAAACAAAUCGUUAGAAAUAUCUCCUUCAGUUGCAUUCUUCUUAUUUCUUUAAGAAAUGUGUGGAUGUAAUACUAAUGAAAUAUGACAUUAAUUUAGUGCAGUUCAAGAAUUAAUAACAGUCUAAUAAAUAACAACUCAUAAAUAACAGUUUAAUAAU